GCUAACAUGACCGCCUCUGUAUACUACACGUACGAUAGGAUUGUAUAUAUAUGAGAAAUUCCUACUUGAUUUCCCUUCUGCUUUACUUCCAGCCACCUUUUCCUUAUUGGUAAUUGCCGCAUUAUCAUACCUAUUAACACCAUGGCCGACAUGGUGAGUGGAGAUGUAUCCAACACCGCCGAAAGCCAGAAGAUGGCAUCAGUCUCGGUCAUUCUCAUUCCGUGGGAUCCUGAGUCACAAGAACAUGCAGAGCGUAUGGCACAGCAGAGGAUUGCAUGCGGCUGGAAGCAAGAUCAGAUUGAGAAUUGGAAGGAUCAACAGAGAGAGGGUCUUAUAGGGCUGCAUUGGAUUGUUCUCCCGCCUUCAGACCCCAAUACGACUUCACGUCUCGAGAGGCACAUCUUCGCCUUCCCUGACGAAGCAACCCCGCUGCAUAACACCUGCAAGAGAGUCCUGUCCCGCUCCCAUACUCCUGACCCCGCAAUCUCAACCUUUAUCCCCAUCGGUCAUAUCUCACUCGACUCCUGGAGUCCAUACGACAGCCUACAGACGUCACCUUCCAACGGCGUGUACAGUCUCACGACAUUCUACGUAUCCAAAGCACUGCAGUAUGGUGGCAUAGGAGGAGCCGCAAUGACCGCAUGUGAGACCAUGGCAGCCAGAGACUUCGGGGCCAAGGCCAUCACACUGGAUACUCUGGCGAACGAGGAGUAUCGGCCCGACAAUCCGCGACGGGCUGCUAUGGGGCUGGAGCAAACCAGGCCCAGGGUUACGCCUCAAGACUGGUACCAGCGUCGGGGAUAUAUUAUAUAUUUGAAGAAGGAGGAUGGCUUCUUUGACACGGAUCCGACGGGCAAAAUUUGGGGGGCCACGCUUGUUUGCCUGAAGAAGGAGCUAGUGUAAAAGUGCACGGGCGAUGAGGUUUGGAAUAGCUGUGACUGUGGAGCGGCUCAAGACGCGAAAUGGUACAGCACGGCAAUUUUAAAGGUGAAUUGGUGAUAUAAUGCCAACGAACUGUGAGAAUCAUCUUCACCUUCACGACACAGCGGUCUCCUUGCAAUACAUCAAUAGAUGGAAGGCACGAGCACAGGUCGGCUUGGAACUGCGUGUGAUGCAAUGUCGAGAAAAUAUUGACACUCUCUGGUCAGGUAGUGUUUGCAGC